AUUACAUCAAAUGUCAAAUAAUUUAACCUAGAAUGAUUUGGUUUAUAGCAUGCAUGUUCCUCUCUGUAGGAUGUACUCCUAUGAGAGCAGUUUAAAUCGUCGGUGAUGGGGAGGAGAGUUGACACCAUUUCGACCUCGAUCACCAAACUAAUUGACCGUCUCUCCACGUUCUGGCUGUCCCCCCCUCAUCUCUCCACGAUGCUUUCCCUUCUACAAGGGUCAACGGCUAUUUCUUAAUCAUGAUCACCUCAUAUAUAUGCAUUCCCCUCCUACCCAGCCUUCACACAUAGUCAUACAUACCAUCAUCUCUCUCUCUCUCUCUCUCUCUCUCUCUCUCUGUGUCUACAAUGUCGUCCUUUGCCUCUUCAAGAGGCAAUUCCAGGAUGCUUUUAAUGAUAGUGGUCAUGAUGUUCAUGACCAGUCUAGUUUUUUUUUUUUUUUUGAUCACCUGGAUUCCGGGUCGGUUGCACCCGCCUCGACUUAUGUCGCGCCCGAAAAGUCGACGACCGACCGAACCUCUAGCGACUCCAAGGUUUCGGACGCUGGGCCAAAGGCUGGCUCGACGGGUAAUUUCCACGUAGAUGUUGACUUGUAUUACGGAGGGCCACGGGCUAAGAUACUCGAAGGCGGCCAGUAUCUCACCUUGUCUCUGGACAACAUAACUGGCUCCGGCUUCCGAUCCAGAAAUGAGUACUUAUUUGGAAGGAUCGACAUGGAAAUAAAGCUUGUCGGUGGCAACUCUGCUGGUACUGUCACUACAUAUUAUUUAUCUUCUGAAGGAUCAAAACACGAUGAGAUUGACUUUGAAUUCUUAGGCAAUGUGUCCGGACAGCCAUAUAUAGUCCACACCAAUGUCUUCUCCCAAGGGAAAGGGGGGCGGGAACAACAGUUCUCUCUCUGGUUCGAUCCCACAACAUCAUUCCACACCUACUCGGUUGUUUGGAACCCUAAAAUAAUCAUUUGGCUGGUGGAUAAUACGCCAAUAAGGGUAUUCGAAAACCUUGAAGCCAUCGGUGUGCCAUUCCCAACCAGCCAGCCGAUGAAGGUCUUCUCUACCAUCUGGUGUGGGGAAGAAUGGGCAACGCAAGGCGGGAGAGUGAAGACCAAUUGGACGUUAGGCCCUUUUACUGCUGCCUACAGAAAUUACAAAGUAAAUGCUUGUGUAGUCUCGUUUGGAUCAUCUUCAUGUGGUUCUUCUAUGUCCACCGAUUCAAUAGCAUCUACCGAGGCGUGGCAAACCCAAGAAUUGGGCCCCGAAGGUCUAAAAAAACUCCAGUGGGUGCAGAAGAGCUAUAUGGGUUACAAUUACUGCACUGACAAGAAACGGUUUCCCAAGGGAUACCCCCUUGAGUGCACGCAUUCGACGAAUAUGUAGUGAGCAUGUGUUCUUGAUGAUCAAAAUUUUUACCCAAUUUAUUAGAUUACAAACUCUUGGAAAUCUGUAUCCUUUCAAUUCAAAUAAAAGUCUACCAAUCAAUUUUUAAGAAACAUUCUGUUUGAAGCAAUUUAAUUUGUAUUCUUCUUUGUUUCCAUAGCUUGUAUCGAUCAAGUUCGAACCCUGAGGAAAUUUUGUUUUGGCUUUCUGAUGUAAUUUGUUAGUUGAAAAGUUAUUGCAAUUUCAACCAUGGGCCGCCUGGAUCAGAUGG